CGCUAUAAGUAGCACUUCUCCCGAGGCGUUCCUCACCCUCGUAAACAAGAUGAAAACGCUCAUCGUCCAACUCCCGGCUCUCCUCUUCCUCAUCAACUGCCUCCCAACAACUUCCCAGUCCCCAGCAUCCGCCCCUGCCCCGCCCGGGCCACCCAACGUGACCGCCAUCCUCGAGAAGGACGGCCACUUCACCGUGUUCAUCAAACUGCUGCAGAGCACGAAAGUCGCGGACAACUUAAACGCGCAGCUCAACGCUUCCAACCAAGGGCUAACAAUCCUAGCACCGCCAGAUACUGCUUUCUCGGGCCUCAAAGCAGGCAUGCUGAACUCCUUUACGGAGGACCAGCAAGUCGACCUCGCACAGUUCCACGUCCUGCCUUACUACCUCUCCCAGUCGCGAUUCGAGACAGCGAGCAAUCCUCUGAACACGGAGGCCGGGGGCAGCUCGCAACUGCUGGCGAUGAACGUGACAGCAGUGGGGAAUCAGGUGAACAUAACGACCGGAGAGACGAAUGCAACGGUGUCAAGCACGAUAUAUGACGAUAACGAGGUGGCAGUGUAUCGGGUGGAUAAAGUGCUACUUCCGCUGCGAUUUUACGUACCUCUGCCACCACCGCCUCCUUCACCGCCUCCGCCAAAAAAGGCAGCUCCGAAGGCUUCGCCUGCAUACAGUGCUCCGGUGGAUUCUUCCAGUGCGAAACGCAGGCCCGGAAGAGUAAUCCUUGCAAUGAUCUGUGUCAUGUUAGCGGUUCAAUGAUGUGUCCUGUAAAUUGUAAUUAAAUCCUUUAUACACUGUGUUUCUAUA